GUUUUCAAAAUGGCCGCCGUGAAGUUUAGAAUUGUUCAAUGAAGAAGAAAUAGUGCUUUCUGUACCGUCAACUUAACUAUGGCCCAGCGCCCGAUAAAACGCCUAAAGACAGAGUGCUCACCUGGUGGUAGUACUGAAAUGUUUGAUGGAAUACGUGCUUUUUUCGUUGAAAAUGGCCUCGGAAAAACAAGGCUCUCGAUUCUCACAGAAAAGCUAACAAAAGGUGGAGGGAAAUGCCAUAAAACACUCCAAGACUCCACCACGCAUUUAUUUGUUUCUCAGAACGUGAUGUUAGAGAGACUGCCUAGACUCCUUGGCCAGGCUGUCACUGAUAAGGUUAAGGUAGUUAGAGCCGAUUGGAUAAGUAAGUGCCUGGCAGAGGGGAGAGUAGUAGAUUUGGGGCCUUAUACAAUUAGGCAUGAAAUAUGUAACCUUUCUAAUCAGAUAAUGGGAAGUGAAAAACCUGGUCCUUCAUCAGAGUUAAAUCAAUCCAAUCACAGCAUUGAAAGCGGAAAACCUGGUCCUCCAUCAGAGUUAAAUCAAUUCAAAUUAACCAAGUCUUUAGAUGUGGGGCUAUCUACUUCCCCCACUCCAUAUAAGGUCAAUAAAGGUAAUGAUAGUGAUAGCAGUUAUUCUGAUAGUGGAGAUGAAAGAUCACCACCUAAAGUGGCAACACGAAUAUUAGACUUAAGUAGAUCCCCUGAAAAGGUGAAAGAGAAAUGGAUUUGCACCAAAGCAUCUACAUCUGAAGAAAAAAACCACAAUGAACACAUAACAGACCAGUUACAGAUCCUAGCAACGUCCUACGCAAACACAAAAGAUCAGUGGAGAGCUCUUGGGUAUAAAAAAGCCAUUUCAUCGAUCAAGAGCUACCACAAGAAAAUAGAAACUGAAGAAGAGUGCCAUAGGCUGCCUUUUGUUGGUGAAAGACUUGCAAAAAAGAUCUGGGAAAUUGUCCAGACAGGACAUUUAAGAAGGCUGGAUUUUAUUGACCCCAAAACAGAGGCAAUCAAUUUGUUUAGUGGUGUAUGGGGUGCUGGCCCCAAAGCAGCUGAAUUAUGGGUAUCCAAAGGAUUAAGAACUUUAGAGGAUCUCAAGAGACAUGGGGGACUCAAUAAACAACAAGAGAUUGGUCUUAGAUACUAUGAUGAAUUCAAUGAGCGUAUGCCCAGAGAAGAGGCUGGCAAAAUUGGUGAGGUUGUAAAAGCUGCAACAGAGAUAAUUGAUCCUUCACUCCUUUGCAUCACCUGCGGCUCCUAUCGCAGAGGAAAAUCGACAUGUGGGGAUGUUGAUGUUCUUGUCUCACACCCUGAUGGGAAAUCGCAUCAUGGUGUGAUGGGACCUCUUUUGUGUGAACUUAAAAGUUCUGGUUUCCUAACAGAUGACUUAGUCUCUGCAGAUAUAGAGGACCAAAAAAAGUACAUGGGGGUUUGCAAAUUGCCAGGGGAAGACACAAAGCAUAGGCGGCUGGAUAUCAUUGUUGUCCCCUAUAAUGAAUGGGCUUGUGCUAUUGUAUAUUUCACAGGAUCUGAUCACUUCAAUCGUUCAAUCAGACUUCUAGCCAAGAAAAAUGGCAUGUCUCUCUCGAAUCAUGCUCUUAAGACUGGUGUAGUCCGCAAAGAUGGAGCGAAAAUUUAUGACGGUUCAACCGUAACUGUAAAUAGUGAACGGGAAUUGUUUGAUCUUCUCGGCUUGGAAUAUAGAGAACCACAGGAAAGAGAUUGGUAGGUGUUCAAUUUAGGUUUGGCAAAAUUUGUGAUCUAAAUAUGAUUCAUAAAAUUUUAUCCAGAAUUUUCUUAAAUUAACGGCAUAUACUUGUGAAAAUAAUGACCUUAAAUAAAGGAAUGAAAGCUUUUAAAGUCUGUUAUAAGAACAAUUAGUAAAAGGAAUGAUUGGAAUAAAAAAGAUUCCGAUUA